ACCCGUUGCCUCUCCCGGUCUUCCGCUUCACUUCACUCGCCUAAAUUUUCUUUCUUUCUUUUCCAAAACAAGAAAAGCUCCGCUCUUUCCCGCAACCCCCACGAUCCGAGUAAGUCCGUCGUUCUCGAUCUUUCCCUGCUCCCGAUUCACCAUUGCGUUCGAUCGCGCGAAGCAUCGCGGUUCAUGAUCGCGGGUCGUGUUUCACCUCUUUCGAGUUCGCGUCCGUCUGCUGAGCUUUAUUCGAUCUCUCACUGUUUUCGAAGGAAGAGGAAAGUAUGGCUGGGUUUGUUGAGUUACUGCAAUGCGUCCUCUGCUGCGAAGAGGAAGACAUUUACGAGUAUCGCCAGGCUCAGAGAGAUCUUGGGGACGGCGGUGGUCUUCUCGAUCGAAUUCGCGACGCCUUUGGUUUCCUGCCCACGCAUCAUCAUCGUCGUCGAGGACGCGAAUCGGAAUCAGAGACGUCGGAGCCCCUGCUCUGGAAUACCCGCAGGCCAUCGUCUCCCAAAUUCACGCGUCCUUCUUCAUCAUCCUCCCCUGGCCAUGUUGUUGUGCACGAUCCAAUGACCAGGGACCCAGUCAGGCCUAAAACUGAGCCAAACGUGACCAGGACUUCAGUUGGCUCAACUCAGUCUUCUCAUGUCACGUCUCCUUUCAAAGCAGCCCCUUCGGCUUCUCCUAAACCAUCCCCUUCUGUAUCGAAGCCGUCAACCGCCACUUCCAGUGAUCCGAUUGUUUCCCCAGCCAAACUGGCGGCCAUUUCGGCUUACUUGGAUCAGUAUGCAUCGAGGUCGUCUCAAUCUUCGAAUGAGCCGUCUUUAUCUCGCUUGGUACAUCCUUCUCUGUCGAAAACAUCCUCACCAACUCCUUCUCCUUUCAAAGCAGUCCCUUCGGCUUCUCCUAAACCAUCCCCUUCUGUAUCAAAGCCGACAACCACCACUUCGAGGGAUCCAUUUGUUUCUGAGACCAAGCCGCCAAUUUCUGCUCACUUGAAUCCGAAUGUAGCCAAACCGCAUCGGCCUUCCAAUGAGCCAUCUUCAUCACAGUCUCCUUCAUCGAAAACAACCUCAGCUUCCCCAGAGGCGCAAGAACAUUCUGCUAAACAAUAUAAGCCAGUCUUACGUGCAGUUUCCUCAGCUUCGCCGAAUCAGCCAAAAGAGACCGUUUAUGUUCAGAAAGAUACUUCCCCAAUUUACAACAUCCCCGAGGAUAUUAAAGAUUUGAUAGAGCGGGACAUUGUGCCUGGGGUUCUCAAGAAACCACUAUCUCCAUCAACCUAUAGGGAUUAUUUUGCUGCUCUUCUAUAUGCGGAGGACUUUUACAUCGAGAAAUGGACUGAUUUCAUUCUGAAGGAUGUCAAUUUGGAGCUGCAUCAAUUGACUGUACACAAGAAUGUAUGGGACAAUGAUUUCUCCAGGGAGAAAGAUAAUGUAACAUUUGUCAAAUUCAAGAUGGAAUCUAUACCUGAGCGUCGACCCUUCCUACUAUCAAGGGAUUUUGUUUAUGCAGAGCCCCUGGGUAAGAGGGGUACACAAAAGUUUAAGGGUCUUGUAUAUCGAGUGGAGAAGUGGUCUGUCGUCUUAGUAGAAUUUGGGGAUGAUUUUCACUCCCAGCAUCAUUCAAGCAGCAGAUACAGCAUCAGCUUUUCUUUCAAUAGAGUUUGCUUGAAGAGAGCUCAUCAAGCAGUUGAAGCUGCCACUGAUCCUUCAUUCCGCAGCUUCCUUUUCCCUGAAUGUGAAUUCAGACAUGAUUUCUCUGCCUUACCAUCUCUAGAUUUUUCAAAUGACGUGCUUUACUCGGAUCAAAGGUCCGCAAUCCGUCAGAUUCUAGCUCUCAAAGGUUCAGCACCAUUUCUCAUGGAGGGUCCUCUUUGUACACGGGGUCUAGGCCUGUCAAGGGCUGGAGUAGUGGUUAGGGAAGCUGUGUCGCAAGCAUACCGACGCUCUAAAUAUCCUAGGAUUCUUCUGGCUGCACCUACAAACAAAACGUGCGAUGUUCUGAUGAGAAGCUUGAAGAAGGAUAUUCCGGAUUCGGAAAUAUUUCGAGCAAAUGCUGCUUUCCGUGAGUAUGAUGGCGUGCCUGAUGACAUUCUCCCUUCGUGUGUUUAUAAAAAGAGAAGAGAGUGCUUUGCUUGUCCUCCCCUCCAUGAACUCCGGAGAUUCAAGGUAAUAUGUUCGACUUUUGUGAGUAGCUUCAGGCUACACAAUGAAGGCAUCAAUGCGGGACACUUUAGUCAUAUUUUCCUUGUCGAUGCAUCAUCCACUUCCGAGCCAGAGGCAAUGAUUGUGCUAGCUAAUUUGGCCAACGAGGAUACAACUGUUAUAGUCACGGGUCAGCAGGGAAAUCGCUCAGGGUGGGUGCGAUCCCCAAUUGCUCGAGGGAAUGGUCUCCGGAUAUCAUACUUUGAGAGGCUCAAAGAACUUACACCAUACAAUAAGCUCGCCCCUCCAUUCGUCGCCCGAUUGGACCCUGAGCCGGAAUCAUAUGAAACCAACAGCUUCCUAUCCUAUUGAGUAUCAGUUUCUAUCGGAUAUAAUCUCUGGCUACUUCAGAAUGCUUUUGAUGUGCUUUGUCUUCUCAUUCCCAUGUUUGAGCUGAGCCGCAUAAGAAUGGUAUUGUAAUCAUGUAGUUAUCAAAAUGUGUACAAUUUGCCCCUAAUAAAUCAAGCAGUUUGGUUUUUUGUUUGUAAUUCAGUUGUAAAGUUCCUUUUACAUGAAUUUCACAGCUUUUCUUCUCCGA